AUGUUUAAAUCUCUCACUAAACGCAAAAGCCCAUACAGCUAUAAGCAAUUAGCCGACGAUGUUGCUGUGGUCGCCGUCGAUCAUGACGGCGGCGAGCCCAAGUUGAGCAGAACAAGAAGCUGGCCGCCGCCUGCUGCGGCGGCUAAAGGCGGCUCUUCAGCCAAGAAGAAAGUGAUGACGACAUCAGAGUUGCAUAAUUUUCCGGCGAAAUCACAGGCGAAACAGAUGAGGAAAGUCAGCAAGAUUCUACCCAUUUUCAGCGUUUUCGACUCCCGGAAGAAGAAGAAGGCGACGGCCCGGCCGGAGUUCUCAAGGUACCUUGAGUAUGUUAGGGAAGGUGGGUUUGAAGGUGUGUUGGACAUGGGCACCACUAUGACAACGGUCUCUGCUACUUCUCAUGUCUGA